GUUUAGAGGCUAAAAGAAUACAUGUGAAUGUGUUUCUGUGUUGCUGCAGGUGGUGUUGGAGUGAUUCUGGCAGAUUAUGGCCCAAGCUGGCGGGAACAUCGCCGCUUUGCUCUGAUGACUUUGAGGAAUUUCGGUCUGGGAAAGAAAUCAAUGGAGGACAGAAUUCAUGAUGAGAUUCAACACACCAUUAAAACCCUGGAGGGCAGUAUCGGUAAAACUCUGAGUCCUCGGGUCAUGUUCCAUAACGCCGCUUCCAACAUCAUCUGCCAGGUUCUGUUCGGAAAGCGCUAUGAGUACGACGAUGACAUGAUCAAAACGAUUGUUAAGUGCUUCACUGAAAACGCCAAGAUAGCCAAUGGGCCCUGGGCCAUGAUAUAUGAUUCUAUUCCCUUUUGUCGUAACCUCCCACUGCCGUUCAGAAAGGCCUUUAAAAAUUCAGAGAUUUGCCAGAACUACAUUAACUCUUUGGUCACUGAGUACAAGAAGACCAGAGUUCCUGGGGAUCCUCGACACUUUGUUGACUGUUACCUGGAUGAACUGGAAAAGAGAAAUGAUGACGGAUCCUCCUUUUCAGAAGCUCAGCUCAUGACUUAUAGCCUGGACCUUCACUUCGCUGGGACUGACACGACGUCCAACACCCUGCUGACAGGAUUUCUCUACCUGAUGGCCUACCCACACGUCCAAGAACGAUGUCAGCAAGAGAUAGACCAGGUUCUGGAGGGAAAGGACCGGGUCUGUUUUGAGGACAGAAACAGCAUGCCUUACGUCCAGGCUGUGCUCCAUGAGAUUCAGAGGAUUGCCAACACGGUUCCUCUCAGUGUCUUCCACUGCACCACGAAGGACACAGAGCUCAUGGGAUACUCCAUUCCCAAGGGUACAAUGAUCAUCCAGAACCUGAACUCAGUCCUGAGGGAGGAGGGACAGUGGAAAUUCCCUCAUGAGUUCAACCCUGAAAACUUCCUGAAUGAAAAGGGAGAGUUUGUCAAACCUGAGGCCUUCAUGCCUUUCUCUGCAGGUCCUCGGAUGUGUUUGGGAGAGGGUCUGGCCCGCAUGGAGCUCUUCCUCAUCACGGUGACUCUGCUGAGGAAGUUUAAGUUCAUCUGGCCGGAGGAUGCAGGAGAACCUGACUUUACUCCGGUCUAUGGAGUCACUCUAACGCCGAAACCUUAUCACAUGAAGGUCCAACUGAGGUCCAAACAGUGAGGAGCAGAAACUAACCGCGUCUCCUUUACGAAUGUACAUAAAACUUUGUUAAUUUUCCGCUAAUGUUGGGGGGAAAAAAAUCCCAACUCUGAUGUUGCCAUUAAAAUCAUGGAUGAAAAAGUUUAAGAGAUUGCCGCGCCAUCGUCCUUCCUCUACCUCCUGUUGUCUUCAUCUUUUCUGCCAAUAGUAGCAUCUGAUUACUGAUCACAUGAUUCGUGUGAUGCAAAAACAGUGUUUCCAUUUCAGUUUUAG